AUGGGUCAUUCUAGUUCUACAAAAACCAUUCGUUUGCUUUUGCUUUUGCUUUGUUCUUUUCUAUUUGGUCUUCAUGAUCUUGCUCUUGCUGAUCCUCCCUACGCACAUUGUUCAAACAACACUAGCAAUAAUUUGUUGAAUAGUUCAUUUCAAAAUAAUCUCAACAAUCUCCUUUCUUUACUACACUCACAGGCUUCUAUCUCCAAAUACAACAACACCUCUUAUGGGAAUGGCACGGAUAGAGUUUAUGGUCAGUACAUGUGCCUCGACUAUGUUCCAUAUGACACCUGCCAAGCCUGCAUCUCUGCUGCAUCGCAGGCUAUCGUGAAUCUUUGUCGAAACAGAACGGAAGCAGUCGUAUGGGAGGAAUAUUGCCAAUUGCGCUACUCAGAUAUUAAUUUUUUUGGCCGAUUGAAUGUAGCAGACAAUUUUUUCCAAGAUAAUGUUAUUAACAUCUCUGAUCCUGUACACUUCCAAUCUAUUGUAGAGAACAAGCUGCGAGAUCUUACCAAAAGGGCAGCUUUCAAUUCUUCAGCAAAUAUGUAUGCUGCUGGAGGAGAACCAUAUACAGGAGAUGACACCUUGUAUGCUAUGGUGCAGUGCACCCGAGACUUAUCCCCAGAUAACUGUAGCAAAUGCCUUGAGGCUGCCAUUAAAGAUGUUUCUUCUGAGUGCUAUGCUUCCCGUGGAGCGCGACUUCUUAGCCGCAGCUGCUAUCUUAGGUAUGAGUUAUAUGCCUUUUAUGAAGGCGCCAAAGACUCCUCUGUUUCCACAAAAAAGGAAGGAGGCGGUGGAAGGAAAAUAUGGAUGAUUGUAGUUCUUACAAUUGGAUCAGCGGUUUUAGUGAUACUUCUACUGGCUUCCACCAUAUAUUGUGUUGCAAGGAAGAAAGGAACUGGAAAAGGGAAGGAAAAAAUUCUGAGGAAUCAAAUGCAAAUACACAAUAUUGGCGACCCUGAGAACACAGAUUUGCAGAACCAGUACUUCGAAGGUUUAGAUGAGCUAAGGGCUCAUGACUCUUAUUUUGAUUUGGCAACCAUAAACUCAGCUACUGAUAAGUUCUCUGAUUCAAAGCUGCUGGGACAAGGUGGUUUUGGACCUGUUUACAAGGGUGUACUGCCUGAUGGAAAGGAAGUAGCUGUCAAGAGGCUUUCAAGCUUCUCUGAGCAGGGCACUCUGGAGUUCACAAAUGAAGUCCUACUGAUUUUGAAACUUCAGCACAAAAACCUUGUCCGGCUUCUGGGUUUCUGUGUGGAUCAGCAGGAAAAGUUGCUUGUUUAUGAAUUUAUGCCCAACAGCAGCCUUGAUGUGGUCCUCUUUGAUUCAAAGAAACGUGCACAACUCAAUUGGAGCAGACGUCUUAACAUUAUUAAUGGAAUUGCAAGGGGAAUUCUUUAUCUACACGAGUAUUCACGACUUAGGAUCAUCCAUAGGGACAUAAAAGCUAGUAAUGUGUUACUGGAUUGUGACAUGAACCCAAAAAUCUCAGAUUUUGGAAUGGCAAGAAUCUUUGCAGGGGCAGAUAGCGAAGCUAAUACAGCUAGAAUAGUCGGAACAUAUGGAUAUAUGGCUCCAGAGUAUGCCAUGGAGGGAUUAUAUUCGAUUAAGUCUGACGUUUUCAGCUUUGGGGUACUCUUGCUUGAGAUAAUUACUGGCAGAAGGAAUGCAGGCUUUCAUCAAUCAAAACGCGUCCCAAGCCUAGUAGCAUAUGCAUGGCAUCUAUGGAAUGAAGGGAAUGCAUUGGAAUUGAUGGACCCAUUAUUAACCGAUGGAUGCCCAGAUGAAUUCUUAAGAUUCAUCCAUAUCGGACUUUUGUGUGUCGAAGAAGAUGCAUUCAACAGGCCUUCCAUGCCAUCUGUUGUGGUAAUGUUGAAAGGUGAAACUGUGACAUUAAGCCAACCGCAACAACCUGCCUUCUCUGUGCGAAGAUUGGGUGAGCAUCAUCAGACGCAGGCCCAAAGUUGCUCUGUCAAUGGUUUAACGAUUUCAAAUAUUGAACCUAGAUUUGUUUUUCAGGCAUGCCCUCACUCUUGCUUUCAUAAUAAAAGGUCACGAGACAAAAUGGCAACGGAAUCUUCAAGAAAACUGUUUCUGAUAUUCUUCUUUCCAGGGCUCACAUCCCUUGUUACUCUUACCAUUGCCUUUGAUCCUUACUUCGAGUCUAGAUGCGCAAAUAAUACAGGAAAUUACACAGCUAAUAGUGCCUACGAACGCGACCUCAGUAGCCUCUUCACCGAAAUCUCCUCUACUACAAAAUUGAAUUCUGGGUUUUUUCACAGUAAAUUUGGCGAAGUCAACGCCAUUGCACUUUGUAGGGGAGAUGUUAAGCUAAAUGUUUGCACUAGUUGUCUCAAUGACACUAUUUCUGAGAUGAAGCAGCGUUGUCCUCGCUACAAAGAGGCCAUUGGAUGGUCUGAGUUUUGCAUGUUACGCUACUCAAGCAGAGACAUCUCUGAAAGAUUGGAACUUUCUCCUGAAGCUUGUAUAUACGAUUUAAAUGAUGUGAUUGGUGAUCGUGAUGCGUACAUUCAAGAAGUGGUAAUGUUGGUGGAUAAUCUGCGUAGUAGAGCAGCAGCAGGGGGUACUCUUCUCAAGUAUGCAGCAGAUAACUCAUCGCACGGUGCUUAUCAAAUGUUGUACGCUCUUGUGCAGUGCACACCUGAUUUGUCUAAGCAAGACUGCAAUGAUUGUCUAGAAGGGGCAACGAGAAAGAUUCGAGGUUGCUGCACUGGGAAGAACGGUUGCCGGGUUCUCCUACCCAGCUGUAACUUAAGGUUUGAGUCUUACCCCUUUUCUGAUGCAGCACCUGCUAUUCCGCCUCCGCAAUCACCCUCGGAUAAUCAGUCAACAGAAGCUGCUGUUUCGCCUCUACAAUCACCCCCGGGUGAUCGGUCAACAAAAGAAGAAAAAACACAAAAGAAAUCAACUUGGAUUCCGCUUGGUGCAAGUUUAUCAGCGACUCUUGGGCUAGCAUUAUUUUCUGCCUGCGGUUUCUUCAUCUGGAGAAGGAGAAACAUUCAGGAGGAUAAAGAAAAUAGUCAAGAAGUUCAAUUACUGGACUUGGUACGGGGAAGUAUUCCCAAUGAGCACUCAAGCGAAAAUUUUAGUGGAGAAAAUGUGUCGAGAUCUCAAGAGUUUCCUUCGAUUCAAUUGGAUAUGUUACAUGCUGCGACAAAUCACUUCUGUGAUGAAAAUAAGCUCGGGGAAGGUGGAUUUGGCCCUGUGUGCAAGGGUACACUAGCAGAUGGUAAAGAAAUUGCAGUUAAAAGGCUCUCAAGAACUUCCGGUCAAGGGCUGCUUGAGUUCAAGAAUGAAGUCAUGUUAAUUGCCAGAUUACAGCAUAGAAAUCUCGUAAGGCUCUUAGGAUGUUGCUUAGAGAAAAACGAAAAGUUGCUGGUAUAUGAAUUCAUGCCCAACAGAAGCCUUGAUGUUUUCCUGUUUGAUUCAAGCAUGGCUGUGAAACUGUCUUGGCAAAAACGAUUCAACAUUAUUAAAGGAAUCGCUCGAGGUAUCAUGUAUCUACAUGAGGACUCUCAACUUAGAAUUAUCCACAGAGAUCUUAAAGCAAGUAAUGUUUUACUUGAUCAUAAGAUGAAUCCCAAAAUUUCAGACUUUGGUUUGGCAAGAAUUUUUGGUGGAGAUCAAAACCAAGCAAAUACAAAUAGAGUAGUUGGAACAUAUGGAUACAUGGCACCCGAAUAUGCUAUGGAAGGACUUUUUUCUAUCAAAUCUGAUGUUUUCAGUUUUGGAGUUCUUUUGCUGGAGAUCAUAAGUGGGAAAAGGAAUAAUGGUUUUCAUCUGUAAGAGUGUGGUGAAAGCCUCUUGACUUUUGCAUGGAAACUAUGGUCUAAAGGUAUAGGAAUGGAGCUAAUAGAUCGGCACUUGGUGCAGUCAUGUGUUGCCGCUGAGGUGCUUAAAUGCAUCCAUAUUGGGCUAUUAUGCGUGCAAGAAGACCCGGCAGACAGACCGAGCAUGUCAUCUGUGGUUGUCAUGUUGGGGAGCGAGAUCAUACCAAUUCCUCGACCAACAGAACCUGCAUUUUCUAUUGGACGUGUUGUUGCAAAACCAACUGAACCCACUUCAAAUGAUAGAAUCUGUUCUGUUAAUGAGGUUACAAUUUCAAAUUUGUCACCUCGGUGA